UCAUUCUCAUACUUUCGUGUCUUCUCAUUGGAUUCGUGCUCAUUUUAAUACGUCAUUAUCGCUGUCACCAAAUACUGCACGUGCCCGGUUUCUAUGCAUGUUGAUCGAGCUUUUACAACUGUUGUGUAUUUUGCCGUGGAAAAUGCGAUUUAAACAGCCGAACCCUACCAAAAUACCGGAUCAUAAAUAUCGUAGGUACAGUCCAGAAUCCCUCAAAAAUGCAUAUGCUGCGGUAAAGGAGAACGGGAUGCCAGUUAAAAGGGCUGCAUUGACAUAUAAUGUGCCAAUUCAAACAUUAAGAGAUCGUGUAAAAGGGAAAGUAGAUCCAUUUAAUAUUGGAUUGGGCUCCGAGUUAAUCUUUUCAAAAGAAGAGGAAACGGGUUUGGUGGAGCAUCUGGAGAGCAUGUCCCAGCUCGGAUAUGGUUACACCAAUAUACAGGUCCAGCAUCUGGCUGAGGAACUGGCCGAACAUUUAGGGAAACGCCCUACCAACAAGCCAUUAAGUAUAAAUUGGUUGUAUGGCUUUCUAAAGAGAUGGACAGGCAGGCUCUCUUCCAUAAAACCACGCGCCCUGGAUAGUGGCCGUGCGAAAAACUCAACGCCGGAGAUCGUUGAAAGCUACUUCAAAAACCUCGGGGAAGUAGUGGAGAAACACAAUCUGACCGACAAACCUCAUCUCAUCUACAACAUAGAUGAAACCGGGAUUCAACCCGAACACAGGCCCCCUAAUGUUCUUAAAAAUCCUCACGUGGGGCGAGUGCGCCAUUUGCAGCCACUGGGUGCACCUAAAAUUCUGCACGAAAACGCGCGUUGUAAGGAGAAACGACCGUUUCGUAUGCCCUCAUUGUGAAGUUUAGUUGUGCAGCUAAUCAGACAUGGGUCAAUUGUGUUACUUACAAUGUUAAAAGUUUCGUUUAUAUAUGUUAUUUUUAAGUGUAAAAAGAAGAUUAAAUUUAAAACACAAUUAAUUAGUUGAUUAAAAUCAUUACAUACCUGCUCUCGGAUGGAAUAUUAUAUUAUAAAAUAAAACGCCAAUAUCGAGUUAUACACGUGCCAGUGUGUCGAAGAAAAUAGCCAUUUAAAUAUGUGAUUUAUAAGAAAAUUCCCCACAUGGUGCCCCAUUUAGAACGCGGUCAAGAAAGAGCACGAAUCCAAUGAGAAAAUUCUUCUGCAUGAUACAGAUCAUUGACCUUCACCUUAACGAGGUAAAUAUUUAGCAAAUAUGUAAACAAAUACUGUUUUCUUUGUGUUUCGUUUUAAUAUAGUAUUUUAAUGACGAAAUAAAAGUUAAACAAUGCUAAAAAUACCAGCCAGUGUAUGCGCAUGCGCGGUAAAAAUAGUUAAGAGGCACGAAAGGACGAGAAGAUAGCAUACUA